GUAUAUUGCUUUUAUUUUUAGUCUGUGAUUUUGCGUUUAAAGUUAUACCUAAUGGCUGAUUUGUGAAAUUAAAACAAAAGAUGGAUACUUAAUUCGACAACAAACUAAACUACUCGUUCUUCGUGUAAUUACACAUAGCCUAUGGAAAUCAUCAUCCUAAUUCAUUAGUUAUUAAAAUUAAGUGUGAGAGAUAAACCCUCAAGGUCUAGUUUUAAAAUAUGGAAUCUCCAGAACAUUUAGAUUCAAAUUCAGUGGAAUAUUGGAAGGAACAAGCGAAAUAUUAUGAGCAAAAGUCAUCAGACAUCCAACAAGAAUUAGAUGAAUACACAGAAAACUCAGCUCAACUGGAAAAGGAAUUAGAGGCUUCACUAGCACAGGUUGAAAAACAGAAUAGAGAUCUAGAACAUCAAAACCAGCGCCUCAGAAAUGAGAUUGAUAUGCUAAGGAGUAAACUAGAAAGGAGUCAACAUGAAACAAAUGCACUAGAAAAUGAAUUAAAAGCACUUAAAAUAGAUAAGGAAAAACAAGGUAUAUACAUCAGAGAAUUAGAACAAAAAAAUGAUGAUUUGGAAAGAGGACAGAGAAUCAUAUCUGAAUCAGUUUCAUGUAUAGAGGCACUACUAAAUCAAGCUUAUGAACGUAAUGCAGUGUUAGAAAGUGAAGUAGAUGAAAUUGAAAACUUGAGAGUCAAUUUACAGAGGGCAACAGACGAGGCCAGAGAUCUAAAACAAGAAUUAAAGGUUAUAGAAAAAAUUCCAAUACCGAAGAAAGAAGAAAGCAGUACAAAUGAACCACUAUGUAACGGCCAUUCAGCUAGAAGCCAGGUGGAAAUAGAAACACAGACUUCUAUCUCAUCACCAGCAAAACGUGAAGUCAACGGCAAUGCUAUGACACCAUCUUCGCGUGUAUCAGCUAUAAAUUUAGUUGGUGAUCUCCUUCGGAAAGUAGGGGCUUUGGAAUCAAAGUUAGCAUCGUGUCGUGGUACAGUUAGACCUAAAGAGCACUCACCAAAUCCGAGCUCGGACGUGAAUAAGGACUACAGGUGUGUACUCAAGAACUAAGACUUGCCGUUCGUCAUCCCGAGAUUGCGUUAGCUUGUAUAGUACUAUACUAUAAACAGAAAUUUACAUUGCUUCAUGUUUAUAUUAUUCCCCCACGUGUUUAUGAAACCAUCUAAUUUACUGUGAUCGGAAUCACACUUUCCUAAUAUUGCUAAUGUCUGUGAUGAUUAAGAAAAUAGGUUAGAAAUGUAAAGGUGGCAAAAACUGUAUUUGGCCUACCCACCGGAGACGUACAAGUGAGAUAAGGCGCAUAACGGUACGCAUUGCUUUACGCACUUGAUUUUACGGCACAAGCCUUGUGACGUCAUUCAUGUCUCACCUUAGGUUUGAUUUGCUAUGCCUAAAAUGUGAGGAGAAUUUUGCUAACAUGAAUCGCAGAACUAGCAAACAAUUUUCGAUGUAAAGCCCAUAAAAUAUUUAAACUCAAAAUCUAUUGCUAUAAUAUUUAUAUAUUUUUGAAUAAAACAUUUUUGUAAAUAAAUAGAUGUAGUUACGUAUGAAAUUGUUAAAACAUAUUGUAAAAUUUUAUGGACUUUAAUAUGUAGUGUUUUCAUAUUAAAGAAUGAGUUCAUUGUAUGUCCUAAACAUAUUUAUAUAUUGUAGAUUUAUAAAGCGUUUUAUUUGUGUAUUUUUAACUUUUGCCGAGAUUUAAAAAUUUGCACGUACAGUCAAUCUCUGAUAUAAUAUGAUUGUGUUGUGUUGCUUUGGUUUUCUAGUCUUCUACAUUUGCAACUAAUUUGUGACUAACAUUAGAAGAGACAACCUUAUCGUAAGUUUCUUUGUGAUUAUCUAGCUAUCAGCGUGAUUAUAAGAAUAUGUUAUACUAUUAACAGUUUUUAAAUUUAUUAUGGGUAGUUGUACUAAGGCGAAGUGAGACCAGUGAUUUUAUGAAGCCUUAAAUAUUAAAAUACCUUUGGUUUUCCCUUAUCAAAUGAAAAACUUCUAUUAAAACUAGUACUAUUGUAAAUCUAAGAUGGUCGCGGGCACCAAAUUGCGGAUAACAGCCUAAAUUGACGGGCUGUGAAAAAUAAGCUAUUAUAAAUAUCAAUUGAAAGCGCUUGAUUAGUAGAGUUUAUCUCAACGAUAUGUUAUUAACAUGACUAAACGUAAUUCGACGUUUCUAAAUAUUGUAAUCCUGAGAAGUUAUAUUUAUUCUAAUUAUACAACGUGUAGCCAAAUGAUAAAAAAAAAAUCUGUUGAAGGUUACAUAAGGAUAUUUCAUAAGGGAACGCCCUGCAAAAAUUGAAUCAAAAGAUUAAUUUAUUUUUUCCAUACAAACGAAUUCGAAACUUUAUAAUUGUUUGACAACCCAUUUGAAGAUAAAAGACCGACACGCGUAUAUUAUAUUCGCUACGCGAAUACCAGUGACAGUACCCAAUAACAGUGACAAGAGUCACUUGAUUUUAAUUUUGCAUGUGAUGUUAGGACUUUCAUAUUUAUUUCAAUACAACAUAUGGCAGUGGUUCACUCAAAAACUUUUAUCGUUUAGGUUUCACCGAUUAGUCUGUAAGAGAAGAGUCAGUAAAUAACGGACCUCUAAAGCAUGUGAAGUAAUAUUUCGGUUUUCAUUUACACGUUGUAUAAGUUAGUAAGUUAUCUCUAUAUCUAAAGUUCUAUUAAGUUUUAUUUCAUCUGAUAGGUAAAUAAUUAAAACGGUUAAGUUUUGUAAAUAAUUUCAAUAUUUGUAAAUUUUUCACUUACAUGAUAGUAUUUCUAGUUUUAUAAAACCUUUAAUAAUAUCUGCAAGUGCCUACAGGUGGUUAUUACUCUGAGCUCACUUUGCCUAUUUUGAGUACUUGAGUAGUGUAAUAGAGUAAGUAAUAUGAUUGUAUCGACAUUCCUGCGGCCAUCAAAUGUAAAAUAGCCUGGACCGUGCUCUGUGCAAAGCAAAGAAUAUAUGAAUUUUAUUUUCGCUUUAAAAAUAUUUAAUUAAUAAAAU